CCGACUGUGAAACCCCUGCUACGACCCACUCGGCACCACCAAACCAUGACUGCCAUCGAACUCGAGGAAUUGGAAGACAAAUUAGUGGAGCCGUUGCUCCCAUCGCCGCCAAGCGACACGGGGGAUUUGAUUCCACUAGAGCUCCACCCCGCGGUGCUCUUGGCCGACGACGAAUGCCAGCAAGUGGGAGGCGACAACAUCGUUCAAGUCGUCGAGGACGCCGACGUCCAUCAGCCCGUCGUGGAAAUCCGCGGCAGUGACGCGCGCGUCGUGUUCAACUGCCACAACGUCAUGCAAUUCCUCGUGCUGUUUGUGAAAAACCUCGAUGCGUACUUUGCGUUGGAUAUCGAAGUCGUGGACGACACCAAGACGUACCGCACGUUUCACAUCACCAACUCGAGGAGCUUGGCGCGGGUGCAAGCGUCGGCGUGCCAGAUGCCGCUCGUGUUUGGCAAGGGCGGGACAUGGCGCCACGUCUGCCUCGACGUCCACCGGAUGUGUCUGGACGCGUUUGGCACCCACCAUGUUGCCACGGUGCAGGUCACUGUGCACGCUACAUGCCGUCUGCUUCGCGUGUUUUUUCAAGACGUCGACUACAGCGACGCCGAGUUACCGCCGAUGUUAGCGCUACUAGACUGACACCAACUCCAAGUGUUUUGUAUCAUUUGUGGAUCGUGCGUGGGCAUGGUGAAGGGCUGCGUUGCUAGUAGUUGUCGUGUAAUAAAUAAUCCAUGGACGAUGCCUCAAGUUUAACGCUAUGAGGUGAGUACUCACAAA